GUCUACGUGUUGUACGUCACCGAGAGCAUUAUACACGGAACAAGCAUGGAGGACAAGAGUACAGCGACAUCAAAACCUCUCACGGUUGCUCAAAAACAGCUCAUCAAAAGACAGAUGGAGCUCGAACAUUGGAAUAAACACUCAAAGCAACUGCGAAAACGUAAUGUGUUUACAGGACUUGCCAUUGGAGCUUUUGUGGUGGGUUUGUUCAGCUACACUAUUCUCUCAGUGAAGCAGGAGAGGAUCAUGGAUGAAAUUGAUGAUGAGGCAAAGAUCUUCAUCACGAAAGGGCCCCGGACAGGGGCCAACUCAUAGACCCUCAUCUGUGUCGAUUUCAAGGGUUGAUGUUGGCGGCAGGUCCCCUGAUUAUGUUGUGUCUUCUGUCCAGUUCUUCUUUAUAUUUAUCUUUAUAUAAACAAUUUAUAAGAAAAUAAUAUCAAAAUCAUUAAGAGACAGCAUUGAUAAUAUUAAUAAUAAAUAGUAAUCUCUAUAA